CCUUUAGGCUACGCCCACGAGUGUCCAAAUAUGGGAUCGCUUUGGAAAUGUCACGUGAUCGGCGUGUCACAUGACCAGCGCCCAACAUGGCGGACGAGGAACCGCUGCUGCAGCCGGCCGAAGACUCCGCCCCUCCCCCGCCCCCCCCCGACGUCCUCCUGGCGAAUCGGAGCCGCUUUUUGGAUUUUGGGGCUGUGUAACAACCUCCCCUACGUGGUGAUGCUCAGCGCCGCCCGCGACCUGCUGGAGCCACGCAAUGGGGAAGAGCGGCGGAAUCGGAGCCGGCACGACUGCGACCCUGUGGGGACGGGGGCCGUGCUAUUGGCCGACGUCGUCCCCGCCCUGGUGGUGAAGCUGCUGCUGCCCCUGGUGGGGCCUUACCUGCCCAACACGUGA